AUGAAGUGCGCAGUGGUCGUGGGACCUCAGAAACCUAUAGAACUGUGGGAAAAGCGAGUUCCGCCUCCAGCUCCAGGCUGUGUCAACGUUGAAGUUCAGCGUGCAGGUGUCUGCGGAACCGACAUCCAUCUAUGGGAAGAACAAGACGUCUAUCUGGAGCCAUUCAUCCUCGGCCACAAAGGGGUCGGUACGAUUGUUCACCUUGGCGAGGGCGUAACCACCGAUCAUGCUGGUAUAGAAGUCUCGCCUGGCGAUGCGGUCUAUUGGAACCCCAUCCGCCCCUGCCAUUCUUGCUACGAAUGUACGAUUGAACGGGAUUUGACAGGAUGCAAGAAUGGAACAUUAUUCUCAGCCGCCACUGGUUCCGUGACGUCUGAUGUUCCUCUGGAUGCAUUCAUUGCACUCGGAUGUGCUUUGCCAACUAUGCUCAAGGGCCUGGAGAAUCUCGGUCCCAUUCAGCGCGGAUCCAACGUGCUAGUCCAAGGUUGCGGCGCUGUAGGACUGGCUUCUAUCAUGCUUGCACGCCUGGCGGGAGCGAAGACGGUGAUUUGUGUUGACGGCAAUCAGUCUCGCAUGGAGAUGGCAGAGCGUUUUGGAGCCGACGAAGUUCUGGAUAUUCACUCUAAGGACUAUGGGACCGCUGGCGCGCAAGGAUUUUCGCUUGCAAUUGAGUAUAGUGGCAGGGCCGCAGUUGUUGAAGAAGGUCUAACUUUGCUGGCACACAACGCCCGGUAUCUUCUUGUCGGAACUUGGGCUGGUUCUGGUAAUGUGCCCUUGUUGCCGUUCGAUGUAGUACGAAAAGCACUUAAGAUCAUCGGGAUAACCUACGAAUCUCCAGAAAACUACUACGAGGCAGCACGGAUUGUGGAAACCAACUGUUGCUUGUUUCCUCUCGCUGAUUGUGUUACACACCGCUUCCGGCUCGAUCAAGUGCAGGAAGCAUUCUCCGUGGUUACUUCUGUCUCAGCUAUCAAAGCGGUUAUCAUGCCACAAGAGGGGUUCAUGGGUACAAUGACACUGGAACUUCACGUGAGUGGUACGGCAUCGAAGGAUGCAAAAGUUUGCAUAGCAUCUAGUACUUUAAAUUUGGAAAACUUUGACAGGGAGGUGGUCCAGCCAAGUUCAUUUUGGGAGACGCGAAAGUUCCACAAGUUCUUCCAUGAUCGCUAG